AUGUCGGGUGUCGAGAGCACGGCUACGGAUGGUGGCCGGUUGGCGGCGAGCUGUCCACCGGACGCAUAUGGCGGCGAAUGCUCGGCCAGUGACGUGAACGGUAUGCAGCACGGUAGAGGCAUGCCAAGCAAUGGCACGCAUGAUGGUUCACAGGUAAUCGAGCCAGAAGUACGGGGUAUUUUUCUGAAUCACCAAAGCGAAGUGGGCCAAGUAGCGUGUCUGAAACGGACACCAAACUGGCUGCUUGUAGUAGGGCCGUACAAAACAAUGUUGAAACGGCAGAUUCCGAAGUCACUGGAAAUGGGCAAGAUGAUGAGGUCAUUUAUUCCUCUUCCGCUGACUUCUUCCAGAAUUCCCGAAUCGAUGAAUUCGGAUUCAUCCGUAAUUCGAGCAACGAGUUUGUUAUUUAUUACACUGAUUCUGUAG